ACUAACUGAUUGGCUGGCUGUCUCACUGACUGACUGAAAGAGCAACCGACGGAAUCUGUCUUGAGUAACAAGUGUAUCGUUUACUAGAUUUCUGCACUGAAAUUAUUGUACGCGUUCUUUUGUUGAUAUAACCUUAACUCUUACUGAAGGCGGUUAUGGAUGAACAUGCUCUUCACCCUCCCCAGCCCUCUCGCGGGACUAUCGAUAGUCGAGAUCAUUUUAUGGAAGGACUGUUCCGUGUGCUCGAAGGCCCACCCCAGGGGGAGGAGGACAGGACGAAGGAGAUUUUUCUGGCUUACAAUCAGCUUGUAGAAUGGAGCCAGAAGCUGGCGGGACAACUGGAAUCAUUCGCUACGUCUUUGGCCUCCUCGGGCAGCAGGCAGGAGGAGGCCUGGAAACAAUUGGAGAAUAACUUACAGCAGUGUGUAAAGACAGUUUACGGAGAAUCAGCUACAACAGGCGGCCUGCCUCAGUUAAGUCCUCAGCGGAUAGCAGAUGGCCUGAGUCAGUUAAAUGAACUACUUGCCACUCUGGAGCAGUCAAUUAAGGACAUCAUAAAAGACUGUGAGGCCAAGAAAAAGGUCCUCCGCUCGGAUAGUUUGAAGCUCAUGGAAAGAGAACUGUUUAUAUAUUUCUUCACGGAUCCACCUCGCCUCAAACGAGCCAUCGCUGAGUUGUCAGCUCGUGUGGACGCGCAAAUUGUUUCACUAAAGUGAAAGAUGUGGGUUUCUUCUAUAAUAAAACGAACUCUGGUGUUGGUUUUCAGGAUUUUUUCUCAAAAACUGAGUCGUGCUUUGAAACACAUAUUUCUACAAACUGAAUCUUGAAGUCUGGAAAAAUUAUCAAAAUCAUCUGUAUAGUUUGCAGACCUAGUCGAAGUCGAAAAUGAAGUUCAAAUCUUGAAAAAGACUGGAACCUUACCUAAGCCACAAAUUUGCUGUUGCUUGAGCUGGGCAAAUUUGUCAGGGUUUGUCCACACUUUGAAUGUCCUCGAAUUGUAAAAUCAAAAUUUAAGUUCUUGAAAAGCCUUGAAGUUCAUACAUACCGAAUCUGGAAGCUUAAGUCUGGAAAAAUUGUAAAAAAAAAAUCAUUUCAAUAGUUUUCCAGAGCACAGAUCUGGAAAGGGUCUGGAAUUUCUUACAGGCUACAAGUUUGCUGCUGAGGUAGCUUGGCAAAUUUCCCAAGGUUUGCACGCACCUUGAAAGUCGGUUUGAAUUUUGACAUCAAAAUUCAAGGCUGUGAGAGUUCAUUGGGCCCUUGAAACACCUUAAAAUUAUUUGUUAGACCGUUUGGCUACUUAUUAGGAGACAAAACGUGCGUGCAUGCAUUGCCUACAAAAAGGAAACGAUCUUGUUUCUUCCCUAAUCGCCAUCACGAAAUUUCAGAAAAGAAGAUUUAUAAAAGACACUUUAACUUGAACAAAACUGCUAGGUAUCCAUUAAACCUUAACAUCCUGUGUCACAUUGUAAUGUAGUUUUUCAGCGAACGGAAUCUUUGAGAAACUGAGAUUGUGUCCUUGAAUGUCUUUGAAAAGUCCUUGAAUGUUUAGUCCGAAAAACAGUACGAAGCCUGAAUUUUAUACCCAGUAGCCCUUCAGAGCAGUUAAAAGAGGACCAUAUUUUUUGCUUGUGACAGGGAUUUGAUUCAUAUGACUAAACUACUUCAUCCUAUACCCCAUGACCUGUAAUAUGACAUUCCCUGAGUAUCUUUGGGUGAAGCGUGAAUUUGGUUCGCAUUCAUCGAUUGGGGUACACCAAUAACUAUACAAUAAUCAGGCUGGUUAUUAUGCUUGUUCUCUUUAUUUAUCAAUUCUAGAUAACAACUUACAUGUACAUUUCAACAGGUAGAAUAAGAUACACAGACAUUCGCAUAUACACAAGAAGCACAUUUUUCUACAAAUGCUGACAUCAGAAAUGGACUUUGAAAUUUACAAUGACCUCUAGCAACUAGUUUACGGUCUCGUACCCAGCCUUCCUCGCUCAUUAUAAGAGCGGCUUUGGUAAAAUCCACUUGAGAUUGUGUCAGAAUGUGACAAAACGCGACAGAGCAUGUACAAUUUAACACAAAUCGCACUCUCGUUGGAUCUAGUUUUAGCAUAGCCAGAUUAGCAAUGAAAAUGUAUGAUCUCAGAUUUUCUCUAGCUAGCAUUGAAAAGGGCAAUACACAACUUAAUUCUACUAAUUCUAUUCUAUAUUUUUCCAGGCAUUAUUUCCAUUUCUCUCUAUGUACAAAAUAGCAUUCCAUGGUAUAUUUUGGCAUAAC